AUGACGGAGAAAAACGACAUCGAACACGUUGGCUCUCAAGCUCACUCUGCCAAUGUUGGGGAAGUCAAGCAUGUUGAGCUGGGGAGUGAGGAUGUCGCGGCCAAGUUCCUGGCAGAGUUGGACGCAGCUAUCAAAGACGGUGAUAUCACUUCCGAAGAAGCCCGCAGGGUCCUAUGGAAGAUUGAUCUUAUUGUCUUACCGAUCAUAGCGGGUACCGUCAUCCUGAGUGCCGUCGACAAGGUUGUUAUUUCCAACGCCGCCAUAAUGGGCAUGAGAAGCGACCUCAAGCUAGUGGGAGAUCAAUAUUCCUGGGCCGGCAGCAUCUUUUAUUUUGGGUUUCUCAUCUUUGAAUGGCCAACAGCCAUCUUGAUCCAGCGUCUCCCCGUUGCCAAGUUGCUUGCCGCUAGUAUCUUGUCCUGGGCUAUUUUAAUGUUCUGCAGUGCUGCCACCCAAAACUUUGCCGGCCUCGCGGUAGUGCGCUUCAUAUUCGGGUGUGCGGAAGCCGGGGCAUUCCCAAUCUGUUCCAUUCUAACAGUCAUGUGGUAUUCGAACCGAGAGCAGCCUAUCCGUGUAGCCAUCUGGUAUAAUCAGUUUUCGUCCGUCUUCUCUGGUAUCGUCUCGUAUGGAAUCUCUCAGACCCACACAUCGCUCGCCCAAUGGCGCCUGCUCUUCAUCGUCCUGGGCGGCUUUACCGUCCUCUGGGCCGCCACUAUCUUCGCUUUUCUCCCCGACUCCCCCGUCUCGGCCUGGUGGUUGUCCUCUCGAGAACGAUACGUUGCUGUCCGUCGCGUUCAGAAGAACAACACUGGGAUAGAAGAUAAGAAGAUCAAAUGGUACCAAGUCACGGAACUGCUUCUAGAUCCUAAGACCUAUCUCCUUGCCUUGUUUGCGUGCGCGCAAAAUAUUCCCAACGGGGGUCUGGUCACGUUUUCUUCCAUCAUCGUUUCGGGGCUGGGGUACUCCGUCCCAAUUACAACUCUGCUUGGGAUGCCUACGGGCGUGAUUGCUACGGCAUGGCAAAUCGUCCUGGCUGUUCCCUGCGCCAAGUUGAAGAAUGUGCGUUGUAUGGUGAUUGCCCUGGCGAACAUUGUGCCCAUGGUGUGUGCCAUCUUGAUGUGGCAGCUGCCCAGGGAUAACCAGAUGGGGUUGCUAGCUGCAUACUACGUUUUCUACACCUACUGGGGCCCCUAUGUCAUGUCCACCUCCGUCCCCAUGGCUAAUGUCUCGGGCCACACCAAGAAAGUCACCAUGAACGCUAUCUACUUCCUUUCUUACUGCACCGGAAACAUUAUUGGCCCCCAAGUCUUCAGACAGAACGACGCCCCAAGUUAUACUAGAGGAUACACUGGCCUACUUAUUUGUCUCAUCGUCUCUUCGGUAUCUAUAUCUCUGUAUGGUUUGCUUUGCAAGCUAGAAAAUUCAAGGAAGGAUAAGCUUUACGGGCCAGCAGAUAUGGCACUGGGAGGCGAGGUAAUUGAGACCGAAGGGUUUUCGGACAAGACGGACAAAGAGAAGCCCGAAUUUAGGUACAUGUACUAG